GCGUCCUCUCCCCUCUCCAUCCUUCUCCAUCCUCCUCCACAUCAAGAAUCAGCAAUGGUCGCGGCAUCCAAACAGGAGACCGAAGAGGUCCACACGCCCGUCCUCCGUAAGGAGUCACCCUCGAUCCUUGCCCUCGGCAAGCUGUUCCCCCAGAGCAAGACUCUCGACCACACCGUCCGCUUCCUCAGCCAGGUUCGCGGCACGGACAAGACCCUCAUGGUCGUACAAUACUUUUCAAAGAUCUUCAUCUGGUACUUUUUGAAGCGCGGAAGGGAGUCGACUGCCCAGCGUGUCAAGAACUUGGCUGGUCCGAUUUCUGAUUUCCGUAUUCUCCUCCGUUACUAUGGUCUGUUGCCGCUGAUUCAGUGGAUGCAAUACGUCGACACUCAGCCUUCGCCCAGUCCCCUCCUCCUCCUUAUCGAUCGCCUGCAAAACAUCUGCAACCUGAUCUACUACCCUCUCGAGCACAUCUACUGGCUUGGCGCUCACGAGGUCAUCCCAAUCUCGAUGGAGAAGACCAACAAGAUUGCGAUCUGGUCCUGCCGAUUCUGGGCUGCUUAUGUUGUAUUACAGUUUGUGCACCUGGCAGAGGAGUUCCGCUUGCACAAGACACGUCUCCAGUCGAUCCAGGGUCAGAUCAAGGCUGCGGACAAGAAGGCCAAGGAGACGGGCGAGCCUGCGGACAAGACGGUGUACAAGACCGAGCUGGCGGCGUUGCGGGCUGAGAAGAAGGGCAUUAUCAUCAACACGAUCAUCAACACGGGUUACUUGCCCCUGACAGUCCACUGGAGUUUGGAGAAGAGCAGCUUCCCUGAUGUGGGUGUCGGUAUUUUCGGAGGCAUUGCUGCAGCGGCCCAGUUCUACGUUGCCUGGAAGUCGUCCUAAUCGGAUUUUUUUUUCUAUCAUGGAAGCGUUGAGUUAUCGCACACCAAAAAAGAAGAACGAUGACUUUGGCGUGGCGGCAUCCUUUGUCCUGAAUAAAAAAGAAUAAAAGAAACAUGUAUGCCUGUGUGCCUGAGCAAGACCAAUUGGGG